AUGUUAUUCGAAAGAAGUACGUGAAAAAAUUAAAGAAUACGUUUUAAAAGCUAAAUAUAAAUUUCUCACGCGCACGCAAAGAAAUGCGUUUGGCAUUCUUUCUUUUAUUACCACCUAUGAACGAGAACGAAUUUUAUUUUAUAACCUGGUUUGAUAACAUUUCUAUUGUAUAUAAUUAUACUUACUUACUAUUUGUAAGAUAUGAUUUCAAUAUGACUUUAAUAUUUUCAGCGACGAAUGUUUAAAUUAAUGCUUGGUUUCCAUUGUUCCGUUUUUUUACCUGCCUAAUUCUUACUUCAUGGACAUAUCAUCUAACCUCAAAUCACUGAUAAAUACAUGACAAAUAUAAUCUUAAUUUACUUCUGAAAUUAAAAUAUUUUUACAAAACUUUCGAUACGAUGAAAAUGCAUUUGAUCGUUUUCAUAGCAACUCGAUUUACCUUUCAUUUUAUUCUUCACUGAGUACUUGCCUUCACGUUCGAUAGAUACAUCACACUGGAAUUUAUUGAUUUAUCCUGGCGUGCUCCGAUUGGACUACGUGUCAGCGUCACGAUUUUACAGAUGAACCAGCCAAUGAACAAUCUUCGUUUCUCUGUGUGUGUGGAACCUGUAUAGCAAGAAACGGAAGCGUUGCCCAGUCGCUCGUUUCCGUCUUCCAAGUGCCUGUCAGCCAUUACUGCUCUGCUCGCCGGGUAUUGCAGGGUAAGUUCGCUCGGAUAUUCCUAAUUUCUGCCACGCGAAUAUUUUUGUCAGUCGGUACAAGAAUUAUUGCGAAACAGAUAUAUACGUUGGUAUAUUAUCGUUUUUACUAGGUUUCUCGUAUAAUCGCAUUUUUGAUCGCAGGUAUAACUGGUACAACUGACAUAGUUUCCGAAAAAUCGAAGAUCAUUCCUACGGACCUACUAGUGUGUCAGCCAGAUUCUUCUGAACUUUUGCCGACAUGUAUAACAAUACGUAUUCCAAUCAUACCAGACCCAGGGGAAGUAGGAAUUGUAGCAGUCGUAAUGGAGGAGGGACGUACUGGAACAGCCAGCAGCAUACACAAAAGGAAAAAUCCCUUAAGAAACAGGUUCAGAGGAAAAUUCCUGGAGAUUCGUUGAAGAAGCCUCUGUGGGAUUUGGCCAAAUUACCAGUGAUCACAAAAAAUUUAUAUAUUCCACAUAUCAAUGUUUUGAAAAGAUCAACCGAAGAUGUUCACAAAUAUCACAUUGGCAAAGAGAUCACUGUGAAGGGAAACAAUACUCCUUCUCCAAUUCAAGCGUUUGAAGAAAGCAACUUCCCAGAUUAUGUGAUGGAAGAGAUUCGAAAGCAGGGUUUUACUGAACCAACAGCUAUUCAGGCACAGGGCUGGCCAAUUGCACUUAGUGGACGCGACUUAGUUGGAAUUGCUCAAACGGGAUCUGGAAAAACUCUAGCUGUACCAACGGUACACAUUAAUAAUCAACCACGUUUGAACCGGGGAGACGGACCGAUCGUUUUAAUACUCGCACCCACAAGAGAGCUAGCUCAGCAAAUUCAGACUGUUGCUAGGGAGUUUGGUUCUUCCUCGUGCAUUCGUAACACUUGCAUUUUCGGUGGUUCCCCGAAAGGGCCUCAAGCUCGCGACUUGGAACGCGGCGUUGAGAUAUGUAUCGCAACUCCUGGUAGACUAAUCGAUUUCCUUGAGAAAGGAACUACGAACUUGCGCAGAUGCACGUAUCUCGUAUUGGACGAGGCAGAUCGAAUGUUAGACAUGGGAUUCGAGCCGCAAAUUCGAAAAAUCAUUGAACAAAUUAGACCUGAUAGACAGGUGCUAAUGUGGUCUGCGACAUGGCCGAAAGAAGUGCAGGCAUUGGCUGAAGAUUUUCUCUCAGAUUACAUUCAAAUUAACAUAGGUUCUCUUACAUUGGCCGCCAAUCACAAUAUUCGUCAAAUCAUAGAGAUUUGUCAAGAGCACGAGAAAGAGACGAAACUUUCAAAUCUAUUGAGACAGAUUGGCAAGGACCGAGGAAGCAAGACGAUUAUUUUCGUCGAAACGAAGAAAAAGGUGGACGAUAUCACCAAAGCUAUCAAACGAGAGGGUUGGGCAGCUAUCUCUAUUCACGGUGACAAAUCGCAACCUGAGAGAGAGUACGUGUUAUCUGAGUUCAGAAAUGGGAAAACAAUGAUUCUUGUUGCUACAGAUGUUGCUGCUCGUGGUUUGGACGUUGAAAAUGUGAAGUAUGUAAUUAACUUUGAUUACCCGAACAGUUCCGAAGAUUAUAUUCACCGAAUAGGAAGAACUGGACGUUGCCAAAGUGCAGGCACAGCAUAUGCUUACUUUACAUCUAACAAUGCCAGACAAGCAAAAGAAUUAAUUUCUGUUUUGAAAGAAGCCGGCCAGGUGAUAAAUCCGCAACUGGUCGAUUUAGCAAACUCGAUAAAGUCUGCGUACGGCAAGAGCCGUCAACGUUGGAGUCAUUCACGCUCUAACAAGGACAGUAGUUCAACUGGUAGUCCAAGGAACAAUAGCAGCAGCCCUAUUUCAAACAACUGGCAGAAUCAACAUGUUCAUAAUACUCAACAUAGUAACGGCAACAGUCAAGAAAGGACUGUUGUGCGCCAACAAAAUGGAUACCAGACCAGUCGUCCGAAUAGCUUUCAGUCUAGUUAUCAACAGCAUCAACAUCAACAGCAGCAGCAGCAGCAGCAACAACAACAACAACAGCAACAGCACCAUCAACAGCAGCAACAUCAGCGGCAAUCGAAUACCUAUACCAGUGGCUGUCAAACUAGCAACAGUUACCAAGCUAGCUAUCAGAAUGCAAAUAUACCUAGAUAUCAUGGAAGAACAAGCGGCUUUCAAGGCAAUCGUUAUCGUCAGAAUGCAUAUAGUACUAAUCAAACAGCUGGAGGACAAAAUGUAUAUUCCAUGCCGCCUCCAUUCAUGAUGCCAUCUGCUGGUGGACACACCGAUUCUGGAAUGCAGAGCCUCGUUAACAACAAGUUUUUCCAGACGAAUCGUCCACCACCGAAUACCGGCGCCUGCGCAUAUCAAUCGAUGGGAUACAGCCAGUUCCAAGCUGUGCCGCCGUAUAGUUAUCCUUAUCCGCCCACACCGGUACAGCAGUAA